AUGCCUUGCUUGCAACAAAUGCGUUGUGACGUCGUCGUGGACAAAAAGGGCGGAAAGAAGAAUAAGGAAGUGCUCGGAAACGCUUGGAAGAGGAGCAAGCACGAGUUUCAACUUGUGUACGUUGUGCGAUCGUUGAACUACAGCGCCAAAAUGCUGAAAGAUUUGGUAAGGGAGCGACUCAUUACGGCGGCGGACGAAAUCUUCGGACUGUUUGAAACAACGAUCGCGUCGUACGAGGAGCAACUUUGUCGAGCGAGAGAGGAGACCGAGCGACACCGGCGGCAACUUGAAGCUGUUUGCAAGACUCAAAUUGUCAUACGCAUCGAAGAUCUUCAAAGGCUGAUUACUCACCAAGAAGAACUUCCCACUCAGCUGCAAGAGCAGCCACAGCCCCCCAACGUUGAAGAGGAAAAGGAGGAGGCCAGUGUCAGUGUGUUGCCACUGAAUGGCGUUUCUGUGGAAGAGUGUAAAGAGGAACCACCCGAGCCAUCACAGCUUCCUCUUGACACUCUGAGUGGAGACCACAGUGGAGAACAACCACCAGACAUCCCCUUGGGUCCAUUUACACAAAGUGACCACACGCAAGAACCUUUGAGGAGCAACACGGGUUGUGAAGGUGACAGCGAACAGCCGGAAUGCUCUAAAAAGAAGAUGACUCUUGGAAAAAAGAGUCCUGGCAAAACGAGUCCUUGCAAAAGGAGACCUGUCAAAAAGAGUCCUGUCAAAAAGAAUCCUGUCAAAAAGAGUCCUGGCAAAAAGAGUUAUGGCAAAAAGAGUUAUGCCAAAAAGAGUCCUGGCAAAAAGAGUCUUGGCAAAAAGACAACUCUAAAGCGCAAGAAACACCCAACACGUAAAGAAAACUACAAAUGCUCAAUUUGUGAUAAAAGGUUUGCUCGAAACGGACAUAGGACAAGACACAUGAAAACGCACACAGGAGAAAAACCCUUCGGUUGCUCAGUUUGUGGUAAAAAGUUCUCGCGAAAGGAACAUCUGGAAUUACAUACAAGGACACACACUGGGGAAAAACCCUUUGGUUGCUCAGUUUGCGGCACAACGUUCUCUAGAAAAGAAAGCAUGGAAAUACACAUGAGAAAACACACAGGAGAAAAACCCUAUCGUUGCUCAAUAUGCAGUAAAAAGUUCAGUGUAAGGUCAAACUUGGGAACACAUAUGAGAAUACACACAGGAGAAAAACCUUUCCAUUGUUUAGUGUGUGGUGAAAGCUAUGCUCAUAGCAACAGUUUGACUCUACACAUGCGGACACACAAAAAGUAAAAAUAAAGGUUUUACAAUAGUCCUCAUAGAGCUGAAAUAUCCAAAGCAGACCACGUAUUGUUUUUAUUAAAUUUUAAAUAUCUGAAGUCCUGUAAAUGCUGCUUAACUGGGCAGUUAUUCAACCUUAACUCUUUUGAAUGAUAAACUGUCGGGAUGUCACAAUAUUCGCAAUAUCACCAUAUUGCAGUAUUAAAAGUUCCUCGAUCUCAUUGUGGUCUUGUCACGGUAUAAAAUAAUGAGCCGUUGUCCUUUAAAUUUAAUUUUGGGUAUAAGCUGGCAUGUCGCUAAACUGGGCUACUACAGCUCUAAUUUCACUUCCUUGUUACGUAUAUAAGCACCUGAUUCACAACAAAUACACUUAUUGGCUAACUCGCCCACGUGACCGAAAUGCGGCGGUGAAUACGGAAGUCUACAAAAUGUCUACGAAACGGCAUCUGUGCCCCGGCUGUAACUAGGUGAUGUAAGGGCGUGCGUUAAUCGUCCUAUGAAAAGAAUUGUUGAGACAACUGAUGUGAAUUGCAGGACACAUCAGUCAUCAUCACCUCGCCUGUCUGAGAAUCAAUCGAGCGAGACGCGCCCCUCACGUCGGCUUCCGUCCCCUCAAGUGUAACAAAGCCGGGCAUGAGUCCAACGGGAGCCAUUACCGGCACCGAUGUGCCCCCCGUCGGGCCGGGAACGGCUGCGGGUGGGGUACUAGGUCCACCUCCCUUCCGACCUCAGAUCAGACGAGACGACCCGCUGAGUUUAAGCAUAUCACGAAACAGAGAAAAAGAAACUAAAAAGGAUUUCUGGUUAUUUUAUUUAUUGUUACUUGGCUCUUUCUGUAUUUACAGUAUAUACCUGUGUGGGUGUUAAGAGUGUGCUUGUGUUUCUGACUUGACUUGAAUUUUUGCAAAGGAAUCACUGUUCGUAGGCAGUAUCCAAUUUCUAAUGCUAUUUACAAAAUGACAAUAAAUACUGACAAAUUGGUGAACAGACAAUUUCUCAAUUGACAUUUUGUUAUUGUCAACAUAGUGUGAUUAUUGCUGCAGUAAUAAUAGCUUUUUAUACAAAUGUAAACGUUGGCUGAACGGGGAUAGACGUGCACAGUAAAAUAUGAUUUUCAUAAAAACCUGUGGGAAUACACUCAUAAAUGUCUCAAGCCUAUCGAGGACUCGGCCAGCAAGAAAAGGAGAGUUCUUUUGGUUUACCUCUUCGCCCCACCUGUACAGUGAAAAUUUCUGCAAUACCAAUUCCCAUGAUAUCGCAAUAAUUAUCGUACCGUGCGAUUUAAUACCACGAGGAAACUGAACCGUGCAAAUAUAAUACCAUUACAUCCCUAGUAAACUGACUUUUACUGACUAUUUCUAUACACGUGACAGUACAGCAUUAUAAAAUAUGUACCGGUACAAAAAAUUCAAACAUACAAAAUGUAAAGAGAAGCUAUACUUUUAUAGCAGUUGGAUUAAGCGUGGGUCAGUUUUGUAAAAGUAAGUGACGCUGUGUGGCAGCUGAAAAUCAGGUAGCACAUUUCAUUUUUUUUAACGCUUUCACCCUGGAUGCAGUUCGCCUGGAAGUGUAAUAAUUGAUUAGACAGGGUUUCACCUCUUUGAGCUCCUUUGCAUUUUAAGCAACUUUGCAUCGUUCAUGUUUUUUUAUCCAGUAGCUUAGCAAGUUAGCUAGUUGAAAGCCUGAGUUGAACUGUAGUGAUAAAUCAAGACAUAUUUCCCUUUGAGUCUAUAUGUGUCUACAUGCUGCAUCCAUUUAUUGUUGUUUCUUUUCAACAGUGUUUAAUACGACAUGAUUAUUACCAAUAUGUAUUUUUGUAACUCAAGUUGCAUAGUAUGCAAUUUCAA